GUGCUUCUACUUUUCCCCCCUCUUUCUCUGUGUCAUUAACACAAGUUUUUUGCUUAGCGCUUCACGAAUUUUCUUCUCCCUUUCACAGCUCUUUCUUGCUUCUGUUUGGUUCUUUUUACAUAUUUAUAGGUACCCAGAAGGUUAAUAUUAGCUAACAGGUCUUAUAGUAGCUAAACCCAAAUUCUUUUUCCCUUGAAAAUCACUCUUGUUCUGUGAUUCUUAGGCUUCCAUUUCUUGUUUCUGUUCAAGAUUUUUCUGGGUUUUGCUUAUCAUUACAGGUUCUCCGUCCCAUUGUUAUGUUCGUUCGACUGAAAGGUGGUAGCUAAUAAACUUACUUGGGAUGCAGUAAAGCUUAUUUGACUAGUUUGGUUGUACUUAUUGAUUCAGAUACUGUAUUUAACAUGAGGAAUUUUGGACGCGGCUCCAAUUCCUUAAUGUCAGCUGAAACUAUGAGGCUUAUUGUCUCCAUAUGUUGUGGAAUCAUAUUUGGCUUAUUCAUAGGAAUUUCAUUUCCUACUAGCUCAUUAACCAAGCUAAAUAUAACAGCCAGUAUUGUAAGCAACUUCCCAAUUGCUAGAGACAGAAAUAAUAUUGUUUCAGCCCAAAAGCAUGCAGAUUCAUCGUCUAAUACUAUGGACAUUAGCAAUCAGAAUGCGACAGGUCAAUUGCAGAUUUGGGUCCAAUCAAACCCAAGAGGGGCAGAAAGAUUACCUCCAGGGAUUGUUAAUUCUGAGUCCGACUUCUAUCCCCGGAGAUUGUGGGGGAAACCUAGUGAGGACCUACCCAGCAAGCCAAAAUAUCUGGUAACGUUUACUGUUGGUCUUAAUCAGAAGCAUAACAUUGAUGCUGCUGUAAAGAAGUUCUCUGACGACUUUACAGUUCUUCUUUUUCACUAUGAUGGCAAGACGACUGAAUGGGAUGAAUUUGAAUGGUCAAAACGAGCCAUCCACGUGAGUGUUCAGAAACAAACAAAAUGGUGGUAUGCAAAAAGGUUUCUGCAUCCGGACAUUGUCGCCCCAUAUGACUAUAUUUUUAUCUGGGAUGAAGACCUAGGAAUUGAGCAUUUUGAUGCCAAGGAGUACAUUAGACUUGUCAAGAAGCAUGGUUUGGAAAUUUCACAGCCAGGUUUGGAUCCCAGGAAAGGAACAACAUGGCAAAUGACAAAGAGAAGAGGUGAUCGUGAAGUUCACACGAUAACAGAAGAGAAACCAGGCUGGUGCUCAAACCCCCAUUUGCCUCCAUGUGCAGCAUUUGUAGAGAUCAUGGCUCCUGUCUUCUCCCGAGAUGCAUGGCGUUGUGUAUGGCAUAUGAUUCAGGUAUCUACCUUGCAUAUUAAACAUGGAGAAGGUCUUGACUUUGUGCUUUCAUNUUCUGUUUUGAAGCCUGCUCAUGAGAAAAUUGGAGUUGUAGAUGCUCAAUGGAUUGUUCAUCAAGGUGUCCCUUCCCUUGGGAAUCAGGGGCAAUCAAAAGACGGGAAGGCUCCAUGGCAAGGGGUGAGGGAGAGAUGUAGAAAGGAAUGGACAAUGUUUCAAUCAAGGGUAGCAAAUGCAGAGAAAGCCUAUUUCAAGUCAAAAGGAAUUGAUCCUUCCAAUCUGACAUCUCAUUGAGUUAACAUGGUCAAGUUGACAGUAUACAUAGUAUUGGCAAUUUUGCCUAGGAUGAUAGGUUCCAUCUUGUAAAAUUGAUAGUCAUAGUUGUUAAGAUACAUUAAAAUUUUAAAGUAAAGCAUAUAUAGAGCUUCUUCAAUAGAGUCGUGCAUGAUUGCGAUUUACUUAUAAUAAAUAAGUUUGAAAAACAUUGGUGAUA